AUGACAUUAAAUCCAAUUCACGACACAAAUUUCAACGACAAAGCAACAAACUCUACAUCGGCAACGACACACUUUCUCCCAACCGAAUGCAUACAAAAGAUAUUCGCAUAUCUAUAUGAAGAUAUUCCAUCUCUACAUUCGGGUGUAUUAGUAUGCCGUCAUUGGUGCAGAAGCAUAGUCCCUAUACUGUGGCGACAAACGCUUCAUCUUGAAUUAUCAAAGACGAAUCCUCGCAUAAUACCAGCAUAUCUUCCAUUUCUCACCGAAGAGUCAUUAGCAUCAUGUGGAAUAAUACGUCGACAAAAGAAUAAUAAUAAGAAACAACAACCAUUUUUCGACUAUCCAUGCUACUUACGUCAGAUGGAUUACUCAAUAUUAUACGAAUGCAUAUGCGCAUGCGAGAAUGCCGAUAAAAGGCCGAUAUGUAGGAGACGAGCAGACGCGGAGGAUGAGGGUGCGAACGAAGCUUACGGAAAGGCUUUGUUGGCAAAGGAACUAUGCAAGUUGUUUGUUAGUAGUUGCAAAUCAUUCGGGUGCUUACAUCUGGAGACAUUGCCUCUGAAAGAGCAGAUGGAGAAGGCAUUGUUCCGUAUCCCCGUCGAAUUUUUGUCGAUUCCUGAUUUCCCCGGAGCGAGCGAGUGUUUGGCUAAUCUAGCUGCGUUUGAAUGUAGUGGUGACUAUGAUAAACAGCAAAUAUUCACCGGGAUGGCAUCUAUUUGCAAAGAUCUCAAGAUUCUCACCGCAGAUGGAAUUGACUACGGAAAAGACGCAUCAUCAGCGCUGGCAACCCUGCUCUCCAAGCAGCGGGGUCUUGAGUAUUUUCUUCUUUCCCGUUGUUUAAGUGAUCCGUCUCGUAUACUAUCAGCACUGAAAUCAAGUGAAUUGACAUUGAAGAGUCUACAAUUCUCAUCAUGCCAUUUCCCGAACGAUGACUCAUUGAAGCCAAUAUCAUCUUGUGUUCAUAUUGAUACCUUAAGAAUGAAUCAGUGCGGAUUCUUGACAGACGAAAUGUUUGCUUCAAUCAAAAACACCACCUUCCCUAAUCUUGCAUAUUUGGACUUUACCUACACAUUCGCGCCUACUUAUUCGUUUAUUGAAGUAUUCCGUCGAUCUCAUUCGUCACUACGGGAGAUAUGUCUUGGCGGAAUACACGAACAUUCUCCAGAUAUAGUUAGCGGCGUGGCUGAGUACUGUCAUAAUGUGACCGUAUUUGAAGUAACAGUGCAGCGCGACGGUAUACACAAGUUACCAAUGUUGUUACGAAAUUGUCAUCAAUUGGAAGUCGUGCGACUUUAUGGAGAUUUAAAUAGUUGGACCGGAUUCUUAAAUGCGAGCGACAUGAUUGGGGAAGUGGGAGAUAUAGUGCCGUUGAAAAUGAGAGAGAUGGUAAUAGUAACGAAUUGGGCUGUGAGUGCAGCUGGAUUGAGCAAAUUUUUUCAAAAGUGCAGAGCGUUCUUGAGUAAUAUGACAGUGCACUGUUUCGAUCACACACUUGACAUUAAGCCAUAUACGGAUGCGAUAACCGAAUAUGUGAAAAGACAUGGAAUGGAUGUAAAAUGCCUUUCAUGUAGAUUAGAGGAUAGACUUUUGGAGUUUACUUAUCGGUCCACUUCGCCUGACGACCAUAGAUGA